UUUGACGCAAGGUGAGCUCGCGCGCACUGGUGACGGGACAGGACCUGGACUGCUGCUACUGAAGUGGGACGGGAGCGAGCGCGUGCUCCGGUGCGCAGGUAAAAUGCCGGGGCGUCGGCAGCACAGACAGGCUGGUGGGAAACAUGCGAGUGAUGGAACAGCGAAGGGCCGAGGCGAGAGCCAGGUGAGGGGCGGAGCCAGUGGACCAGGACACCUUCCACCAGUGACCAGGACCGGGUCAUCGUCCUGCCGGCUGGAGGACCUAAAGCGACUUCAGAACAAGCGACGUCUCUACUGCAGCUGGAACCACACAGUCCUCAUAGAUGUGGCACGUUUUAACCGCGGAGGUGGAAUCGCUCCUCACAUAGGACGGAGACAUCUCGAUGGAGACGUCGUGGAGAUGCCAAACUCCCCGAGCAGCUUCGUUGAGUCAGAUGACAAGAAGCAGCGUGAGAAACGGUGGCAGGUGAUCUCGGAGCAGCUCACUUCUCUGACCUUCCAGAGAGAGGCCACGGUUAGCGACCUGCAGGGAGCGAUCUUCACCUACAACCGGAGACAGCAACAGCUGUGGACCUUCAAGACUUUGAGCAGCUUCGUCCAGAGGAACCCACACUGUCUCACGCAGCUCUUCCCCAAGAUCGCAGCGCUGGCGCUGAGUCUGCCGGAGCGCCUGAAUGCGGCCGUCCCGCUGCUGCGCAGAGGAAGUUCCGCGUCCAUCACCCUGUCACAGAUGCAGGUGGCCGCCCUGCUGGCCAACGCUUUCUACUGCACAUUUCCUGACAGGAGCUCCAACCCGCCCUCAGCCCGGUACCGAGACUUGCCCUCCAUCAACUUCAACAGCCUGUUUGGGGACGGGCCGGAGAGGAAGACGGAGAAGCUGCGGGCCAUCAUGCAGUACUUCAGCGUGGUCACGGACCCGGUGACCCAGCCUGAAGGACUGGUGACGUUCGAGCGGCGGUGCCUACGUGAUGAAGAUCUGCCUGACUGGCGCAGCUGCACACAGACCCUGUCCAGGCUGCAUGUGUCCUCACUCGGGAGCAUCGAGGCUGAAGGAGUUGGGCUUCUCCAGGUGGACUUCGCCUCCUGCUGGGUCGGAGGAGGAGUUCUGGGAUCUGGUCUUCUGCAGGAGGAGAUCCUGUUCCUCCUGAGUCCAGAACUCAUCGUAGCCAGACUCUUCACAGAACGACUCGAGGAUCUCGAGUGUCUGAUCGUCACAGGUUGCGAGCAGUUCAGCCAUCACGAUGGUUACGGCGACAGCUUCAGAUGGGCGGGGCCCCACCAGGACCAGGUGCUGAGGGACGACUGGUGUCGGCGGCAUCGGAAGAUCGUGGCCAUCGACGCACUCAACUACGGAAAGCGCCAGGACCAGUUCACCAUGGAGAGCAUCACACGAGAGCUCAACAAGGCCUUCUGUGGGUUCAAGGCUUCCAGGUACGACCGGUACGACGAGCCCGACAUCGCGACAGGGAAGUGGGGCUGCGGCGCUUUCAAUGGAGACGCUCAGCUCAAAGCUCUGAUCCAGCUGAUGGCUGCAGCGGUGGCGAAGCGCAACCUCGCCUUCUUCACCUUUGGAGACCAACAGUUGCAGCAGCAGCUGGAGGAAGUGUACCACCUGCUGGUGUUGGAGAGAGUCACUGUCGGAAGCUUGGCAGCUAUGUUGGAAGAGUUCUGCUCAUCUUACCACGCGACAAUGACGCUGUUCGACUUCAUCAAGACGGACAGAAGAUAUCGCCACAGCCAGCUGUGAGCGAGAAAGGAAGGAAGGCACAGGAAGUCUGUCAUGGUUUUAAAUAUGUUUAUUAGUGUCACAUGACCUCCUCAGAAACAAUUUCAUGUGUGUGCCUGUUGGUUAAAGUGUGGUGGAGU